GAUGCAAUAAUAGCCCACAAAUAAACGGGCCUCCUUCAAAACUACACUCCCUAAUAAGAGCCACAACGAUAAGGUAACGCUUUCUCUCUCAUCAUCUGUUCAUCUUCUUUGAUGAAAUUCACUCCAAAUUAACCUCAAUUCUAGAGCUUCAAACACCUCAACAAUGGCGGUCACUACUGCAAUGAGCUUCAAUCUAAUCGCUUCAUUUAGAGGAAUUUCAUUGACUUCAAGCUCUUCAUCAUCCUUCCUUAAAGGCGAAUUUGGAGCUUCUUCUCUUUCUCUUCCUAAAAAAUCUCCUCUCUCAGUUUCGCCAUUUCCAUUGACGAUUGAAUCUGCUCACAAAAAAGGAGCUGGAAGUACUAAGAAUGGUCGAGAUUCUAAAGGUCAGAGGCUCGGUGUCAAGAUUUAUGGCGACCAAGUUGCUAAACCUGGCGCCAUUAUUAUUCGUCAACGAGGAACUAAGUUCCAUCCGGGGAAGAAUGUUGGACUCGGCAAGGACCAUACAAUCUUUGCUCUAAUUGAUGGAUUAGUGAAGUUUGAGAAGUUUGGUCCUGACAAGAAAAAGGUGAGUGUUUACCCACGAGAAGUACAGCCUGAAAACCCCAACAGUUACAGAGCAAGGAAAAGAGAGGCUUUCAGGCUACAGCGUGAGAAGAGGAAGGCAAGAAGGGAAGGAUAUUCUAUCGAACCACAGCUCAUUCUGGCAUCUGCUGCCUCUGAAAAUGCUGAUGAUAAUCCAGUCUGCUGAUGACCUGCUUAGACGGUUUAAAAUUUGGUUUUGCAUCCUAUUUCCCUCUUUUUGGCAUGGUUUUCAAUUAGUUGUUGUAACCAAGUUUGUCACCACAUUAAAAGUUUACCCUCCAAUGUCUAUUGUAGAUCUUUUUCACAAAUGCAGAUAUGUACUACUUUGAUUAAAAGCUGUUAGAAUUAAGUAUUUGCCAAUUCUAAAUCGGAAGGCGGCUGACAAUUAAGAGGUUUUUGGAACAUUGGAUCUAAAGUACUGAAAUGUAUAGCACUUUUAUUGUAUCACAUUUUAAUAAUUUCAGUUUUACGUUUAUUCUGCUAGUUCUU